UUAGGCGUAACCAAUUAUACAUUCUGGUCGGUACAAUUAACCUUGAGCUAUCGUAAGCUGCAUUCUUUUUGAUCCACCUUUCCCCAAGCCUUGAAUUUGAAGAGACGUCCUCAGCCAGGUAUCUGUUAUUAACUAUUCCAAUCACCCAGCCUAGCGAUCAAGCAAAGCAAACAACUAUCCCUAACACUCAUUAGAUCAUUUCAAAUUUCAAGUCAUACUUUUCUUAUUUUUAUCUAAUGCUCACACUUUUAAGACGAUGGAGAAUAUUUGUAACUCAGGACGAGAAAUUUGAAAAUGUUUUUACUUUUUUUUUCUUGUUAUCCUUCUUAUUCCCUUAUCCUUCAUUCAUCGCUCUUUCACAAUUCAAUAGACUUAAAUUGCAAGCCAACUCGGCCACCACCAUAUGAAAUAGCUUUGGCUUUAAAAUAUCCUCAAAAUGCCAAUUCACAACGAGCGUAUCAAUCACUGAAAAACGACAUGAUUAAUACACGACAUGAAAAUAACAACAAUAGUAUUAAUAAUAAUAAUAAUAAUUAUCACAUAGCAAGUAAUUUAUCAUCUGGCAUUAAACAUGGAACAGGUAAAUUUUGUAAUCAUAAAUUAUUAUUGUUUUCGAGUUUUUGUGUAAGUAGAUGAUCUUACCAAUCAUAUUUCCUUAUCUUGUCUUUAAAUUACCAAUGUUAUGCUUUAAAACUGACUGGUUGGCUAGUUGGUCAAUGUAUGCGUAGGUGUGACGGCAUUAAGGUGUUUCCUUCAGACAACCA